AUGUGCCACACGCACCACAGGACCUGGAGUUAAGAGGAGGACUCCCAAGCCAUAAAAUGACAGAUCAGGUAAAAUCACAGGGACCCUGGUUUUCACUGUCUUCACUGCUGUGCUGGGUUCCUUCCAGUUUGGAUAUGACAUCGGUGUGAUCAAUGCUCCUCAACAGAUAAUAGUAGCCCAUUACAGACAUGUUUUGGAUGUUCCACUGGAUGACCGAAAAGCUAUCAACAACUAUGCUCUCGACAGUACAGAGGAAAUGCCUAGAACCCCAAACGUAGUGAAUUCAACACCAACCCCUUGGCCUGAGGAGGAGCCUGUGGAAGCUUCUGGCCUCAUCACCAUGUUAUGGUCCCUGUCUGUGUCCAGCUUUGCAAUUGGUGGAAUGAUCGCAUCCUUCUUCGGUGGGUGGCUUGGGGACCAGCUUGGAAGAAUCAAAGCCAUGUUGGUAGCAAACAUUCUUUCACUAGCUGGAGCUCUCUUGAUGGGAUUUUCAAAAUUGGGACCAUCUCACAUUCUUAUCAUUGCAGGAAGAAGCGUCUCAGGACUCUACUGUGGGCUAAUUUCAGGCCUGGUUCCAAUGUACAUUGGCGAAAUUGCUCCAACCACACUCCGGGGUGCUAUUGGCGCUCUUCACCAGCUGGCCAUUGUCACAGGCAUUCUUAUUAGUCAGAUUGUUGGCCUUGACUUCAUCCUGGGCAACCGUGAGCUGUGGCACAUCCUGCUUGGCCUGUCUGCCGUGCCAGCUGUCCUACAGUCUCUGCUGCUCUUCUUCUGUCCAGAAAGCCCCAGGUACCUUUACAUCAAGCUGGAUGAAGAAAACAAAGCAAAGAAAAGCUUGAAAAGAUUCAGAGGAGGUGCUGACGUCACCAAAGACAUCGCUGAGAUGAGAAAAGAAAGGGAAGAAGCAUCGAGUGAGCAGAAAGUCUCCAUAAUUCAGCUCUUCACCAAUUCCAGCUACCGGCAGCCUAUUCUAGUGGCGCUGAUGCUGCACAUGGCUCAGCAGUUUUCUGGAAUCAAUGGGAUCUUUUACUACUCGACCAACAUUUUUCAGACGGCUGGACUCAGCCAACCUGUUUACGCAACCAUUGGAGUUGGUGCCAUCAACACGGUGUUUACUGCUCUCUCUGUAUUCCUUGUGGAGAAGGCGGGGCGGCGCUCCCUGUUUCUGAUUGGAAUGAGUGGGAUGUUCGUCUGUGCCAUCUUCAUGUCCGUGGGACUUGUGCUACUGAAUAAAUUCUCUUGGAUGAGUUACGUGAGCAUGGUGGCCAUCUUCCUCUUCGUCAGCUUCUUUGAAAUCGGGCCGGGCCCCAUCCCCUGGUUCAUGGUGGCCGAGUUCUUCAGCCAGGGCCCGCGGCCCGCCGCGCUGGCGGUGGCGGCCUUCAGCAACUGGGCCUGCAACUUCGUGGUGGCGCUGUGCUUCCCNNCCACGCAGGACCUCUGCGGGCCUUACGUGUUCUUCCUCUUCGCUGGCGUGCUCUUGGCCUUUACGCUGUUUACAUUUUUCAAAGUUCCGGAAACCAAGGGCAAGUCCUUUGAGGAAAUCGCGGCAGAAUUCAGAAAGAAGAGGGGCUCGGCCCCCGCGCCGCGGGCGGCCACGGAGAUGAAAUCCCUCCGGCCCGCGUAGGCCGCGUGGGGACCGCCUGCUUUUCACAUCACAGAAGGAGGACGGAAGCCCUGUGUUUUUCAGUGACAGUU